AUGAAUGCGCAUAACGAGGUUGCUGACGCGGGAGAAGAGACGAUCAAUGAAGCGAUUGUACGUCGAAGUAGACGAAGUUUGGCGAGGAAAGAUUAUUCCAUGAAACAGGAAGAUGACGAGAUUUCAUCGAGUUCAUCAUCAAGUGGUAGCGACAGCGAAAAUCUGUCAGAUGUGCUCAAAUCUGAGGCAAGCAGUGAAGGCGUAGCUGCUGAGGGAGGAAAUGCUUCAUAUGAUAGUGAUGAGAGCUUUGAAGUGGUUCCACAGAAACGCGCCAGAGGCUCUGGAAGCGGGAAGCAGUCGGGACGCAGGCAACCCGCCAAAAAGAAAGUUAAAAAUAGCAGUUAUGGUACCAAAGUAUCUUAA